AUGCUAGCGUGUCUGCUCGUGCCGCUGCCGGGGCUCGACCCCUGCGCCCCUGUGUCUAGUGUGGAUCGCGACCCGCAUCUUCACUUCGCUCAUGGCGGCCGCGCAGACUUUCGCGGCGAGCACGGCCGCACUUACUCCUUCCUCUCGGCGCCUGGCCUAGCGGUCAACAUCAAGACAGAGGAUGCCGUCUUUCGGAUGAAUGGAGGCCGUCUGGUCGUGCACGGGUCCUUCAUCACCGAAGCUCACGUUGUGGCACGCGCGGCAGGUUCCAAGUUUGCCUUUGUCAAUGCAUCCUUCUGGGCGCGUGAGCUGAGAGAGGACAGCUGGGGUUGGCAGGUGAUCACCGGGGCCUGCGCCCAGACGUCUUUCAAGAUUGGCAGGCGGGGUUCCAAGGCCUGCCUCGGGCUGUCCAUUCGCAUGCGGUACUUCAGUGCCACGUUCGUGAAAGGGGGCUGGACUAUUGACAUCAGGGGCAACCACGUCUACGACCGAGUCGCAGGACCCACGCACCGCCUCGACAUCAGCUUCAGCGCCGCUCGCGGGGAGGCUCGCUCUCUGCCGCAUGGCAUUGUCGGCCAGAGCUUCUGCUCCUCCGCGCCGCGACGGGGCCGCGUCGACGAGUACCCUGCCGAGGGCCACUUCACGACGCAGGCAAUGGCUGAGGGCGCGAUAGAGGGGGAGGCGGCCAUCACGGCGAGGACAAGCAGCACCUUCUACGUGUUUACGGCCCAGUGGUGCGUCGACGGCGGAACGACGGGGACUCAAGUGGCAAACGCGCCGAAGAAGUGCCAGACCGGCACGUGGACAAGCGUGACGAGCGAGCAGAACCCCUUCGUCGAGGUCGACCUCGGGCAGGAGCGAUACGUGGGUAGCGUCGGUAUCUCUCACCUGGCGGAUCUGGGCUACUUUGAGGUGUGGCUGUCCGACACGACCACCCCUCAGACUCAGUGCGCCGAGGGCAACGCGGGUGCCUCCUCGAGCAUGGCCGAGGAGGUGCUGGACUGCGUCGGGUACGCGCGGUACGUGACCGUGAUGCUCCCGGGCGCGUCUCGCAACCUGGACUUGUACGAGGUGGCGACGCACCCGUGUCCGACCGACCCGUCUCCGCCGCCGCCGCCGUUCCCACCUCCAGUCGGACCGCUGCCGAAGCCGCCGCCGAGCCCGAUGCCUCCUCCUCGACUGCCGUCAUGCCCACCGACGGAUGUGACAUUCGAUGCCGUCGGUGCGACAAUGAGCAGCACCUUCUACGUGUUUACGGCCCAGUGGUGCGUCGACGGCGGAACGACGGGGACUCAAGUGGCAAACGGGCCGAAGAAGUGCCAGACCGGCACGUGGACAAGCGUGACGAGCGAGCAGAACCCCUUCGUCGAGGUCGACCUCGGGCAGGAGCGAUACGUGGGUAGCGUCGGUAUCUCUCACCUGGCGGAUCUGGGCUACUUUGAGGUGUGGCUGUCCGACACGACCACCCCUCAGACCCAGUGCGCCGAGGGCAACGCGGGUGCCUCCUCGAGCAUGGCCGAGGAGGUGCUGGACUGCGUCGGGUACGCGCGCAGCGCCCAAUACGCAGCCGGUAACCAAGGCGCCACCGGCUCCUGGGGAGCGCAGAGCGCCACCGCGAACCCGUUCGCCGAGAUUGACCUCGGAGAGGCGAAGAGCGUCGGCAGCGUCACGCUCUACCCAACCCACGCCUUCGGCUCGGGCUCCGGGUACUCUAAGGGCGCUUUUGAGGUGUGGAUCGGUGACACCGCCUCGUACCUGAACGUCCCCAAAAUUGAUGCAACCUCAGCUACCAUGAGCUCCACAUUUUACACGCACGGUGCUGGAAACCUGAUCAACGGCGUCACGAGCACCUCCUGUACGUCCCCCUCCGCAUCAGGUUGCCCAGGGUCCACGGGUUCGUGGAGCUCGUAUACGUCGGAGACAGACCCAUUUGCUCAACUCGACCUCGGCGCGCUGAGCGACAUCGGUUACAUCGUGUUCAAUGCCAGAUCGACUUUUGGCACCGACGCCACAAUCACAGGACCGUACGAGGUCUGGCUCAGUGACACGGCCACGUGGACUUCCUCUGGCUCCCGCUGCAACCUUGGCGACUUUCCGUCAUCGGGAACUUCCCUCACAAUCGACUGUGUGGGGACUGCGCAGUACGUCACCUUCAUUCUGCCCGGAGCGAGCCGCAGGUUCCAGGCGCAGGAGUUGUCAGCUUACGGUCCGGUGCCGACCACUCCUGCAACAACAGGCAGGCUUUGUAAUGUGGGCGACCAGUCCGACGCGUCUGGCUCGUCGCUCACGGUCGGCUGCGUCGGAACCGGGCGCUACGUGUCAAUCAUGAUGCCCGGGAGCAGCCGAUAUGUGGAUUUUGUCGAGAUCGAGGUGCACCCAUGCCCCUUCGACCCCUCGCCGCCCCCACCGGCACCGCCUGGCGCGCCGCCGCCACUUACCCCACCUCUGAGCCCGCCCUCCUGGCCGCCGUUCCCGCCGAGCUGCCCGCCCUCGGACGUGGCGUACACCGCCACGGGUGCUACCAUGAGCUCGACAUUCUACAUCUUCGGAGCCGGCAACUUAAUCAACGGCGUCACGGUCCACAGCGGCGCCCAAUACGCAGCCGGUAACCAAGGCGCCACCGGCUCCUGGGGAGGGCAGAGCGCCACCGCGAACCCGUUCGCCGAGAUUGACCUCGGAGAGGCGAAGAGCGUCGGCAGCGUCACGCUCUACCCAACCCACGCCUUCGGCUCGGGCUCCGGGUACUCUAAGGGCGCCUUCGAGAUCUGGCUCGGCGACUCGGAGACGACCGACAACACUGCGGCGAGCGAUCGAGCCGCCUUCGACGCGCACGUCGGCCGCAGCUUCAACGGAAGGCACUGCUGGGCGGGCGACCAGUCCGACGCGUCUGGCUCGUCGCUCACGGUCGACUGCGUCGGAACCGGGCGUUACGUGACGAUCAUCAUGCCCGGGAGCAGCCGAUAUGUGGAUUUUGUCGAGAUCGAGGUGCACCCAUGCCCCUUCGACCCCUCACCGCCCCCACCGGCACCGCCUGGCGCGCCGCCGUCUGGACCUCCGCCGUCGCUACCGCCGCCGUCUGCACCGCCCUCGUCGCCACCUCGCAGCCCGCCCUCCUGGCCGCCGUUCCCGCCGAGCUGCCCGCCCUCGGACGUGGCGUACACCGCCACGGGUGCUGCCAUGAGCUCGACAUACUACAUCUUCGGAGCCGGCAACUUAAUCAACGGCGUCACGGUCCACAGCAGCGCCCAAUACGCAGCCGGUAACCAAGGCGCCACCGGCUCCUGGGGAGCGCAGAGCGCCACCGCGAACCCGUUCGCCGAGAUUGACCUCGGAGAGGCGAAGAGCGUCGGCAGCGUCACGCUCUACCCAACCCACGCCUUCGGCUCGGGCUCCGGGUACUCUAAGGGCGCUUUUGAGGUGUGGAUCGGUGACACCGCCUCGUACCUGAACGUCCCCAAAAUUGAUGCAACCUCAGCUACCAUGAGCUCCACAUUUUACACGCACGGUGCUGGAAACCUGAUCAACGGCGUCACGAGCACCUCCUGUACGUCCCCCUCCGCAUCAGGUUGCCCAGGGUCCACGGGUUCGUGGAGCUCGUAUACGUCGGAGACAGACCCAUUUGCUCAACUCGACCUCGGCGCGCUGAGCGACAUCGGUUACAUCGUGUUCAAUGCCAGAUCGACUUUUGGCACCGACGCCACAAUCACAGGACCGUACGAGGUCUGGCUCAGUGACACGGCCACGUGGACUUCCUCUGGCUCCCGCUGCAACCUUGGCGACUUUCCGUCAUCGGGAACUUCCCUCACAAUCGACUGUGUGGGGACUGCGCAGUACGUCACCUUCAUUCUGCCCGGAGCGAGCCGCAGGUUCCAGGCGCAGGAGUUGUCAGCUUACGGUCCGGUGCCGACCACUCCUGCAACAACAGGCAGGCUUUGUAAUGUGGGCGACCAGUCCGACGCGUCUGGCUCGUCGCUCACGGUCGACUGCGUCGGAACCGGGCGCUACGUGUCAAUCAUGAUGCCCGGGAGCAGCCGAUAUGUGGAUUUUGUCGAGAUCGAGGUGCACCCAUGCCCCUUCGACCCCUCGCCGCCCCCACCGGCACCGCGAUGGCCGUAG